CCCGUUGCUCGGCACGGCGAUUUUGUCCGUGGAAACGUCAUAACCACAUCACAAGUAUGGUCCUCGCGCGCGUGAUGUGCUUCUGGGACCGUUCACAAGAAGUGCCGUGUCUUUCCCAUAAGCAAGGCGGUCUCGAGGUCUUGCCUCCUCCGUACCACGCAGUUGUCGGCCGACAGCCCAGCCCACCAACAGGUGAUUUCAAGUCGGAGAAGUCAGCUCUUGUGGACUCGCAAGACGCUGCCAUUCAAGCCUCAACUGGCAAACCCCGCCGCGGUCUCUGUCUGAGAGUCUUGCGCCGCCUCUCGUGCUUCCAACCCCCCCUGCAGCGCCUGCGAGCCACCAGGCCACAGGUACUCCCGGCACUGAGGCCAUCUGCCGCGUCCAAGGGAGAACAGAAACAAGUGGGCUGGUGGAAACGGCCCGAAAAGACCGUCCAGAAGGGCAUCGCUCCGCGGUUUUGGCGCUCCAAAUAUCUCAUUGCCAGCCACUAUUGCCCUAUUCAGCGCUUGGGUGAGGCGGAUGUCGACGCGGCGCCCUGGGUGGCCCAGUGGCACCUCCGUUGCGACGACUUGAGCGAGUCGUUCCUGAAGGCCGUGCCCUGGCUCAACAAGCUUGAACUAUGCUGGUCCGACAACAUUAGCAUCAGGGCAAAUCCCCUCGACAACAAAAAGGAGCUGCUGUAUUCCCGCAGGAUCUGCCUUGCCUACACUCCACCAGCCGGAUACGGCCGGGGUUGGACAGCUACAGCAACCAUCUACCAUCAUGAUACCCAGUGGCUGGCGGAUCUGACCUACCCCAGGGUAGGAGAUCUGUUCCGCCAUGAUUUUCUUGUCCGGGCUGCUGCCUUUGAGUAUCCCACCUGCGAUCCUCUGGAACGGAGCGAGAGGUUCUACACGCUUUACGCCAAGCCCCUCGCGGAAGACGAAGGAUACCUGGCCCAUAUCCGGAAACAAGAGUCCGUAAACGCAGACAAACCCGAAGCCCGUCGACUUGUUCAUGGUUACUUUGAGAGUUGCAUCCCGGAUCUGCGAAAUUAUGCAGACCAGCUAGAGGAGCAAUGAAGGACAUGGGUUUUGUCAGUAUUGGUUCAGGUCGUUCCUUGGCUCAGGUCGUUCCUAAAUCAGUGUAUAGCUAUGGACCUUGCGCAUCUUUAUCCGGAUUCAAACUCGAGAACGCCGUUGUGCUCAUCAUGGCCCUCCACGGAGUGCGGAAAUCGAUAUGAUCGGGGAGCUAAAUAGUAGGAAAACAACACUUUAAAUUGACACGCCGGUCAAUAAAGC